ACGGCUAAAACGUUUAAAUAUUUGCUGUGUUUUUUUUUUAUAUUUGUAAAGCAAAAAAUAAUAAAAGAAAGAAGGAAAAAAAAUCAAAACAAAUUGUUAGUGUUCUAAAGUGUUUGAUAAAACAAUUUGUUAAUAAAUUCUUAAUCAAUUUUAACGGUAUAUAAAGAAUUUAAAAAGCAAACAAAAUAAUAAUUGAAACAAAAAAGAUACAAAGAAAUUUCAGAAUUAGUUUAAAGAAAGAAAAGGAAUUUUUACAGAAAUUUCCUUUGUUGUUGCUAAAAAGGAAUAAGAAGAAGAAGAAGCUAAAAAUAAUUUCAUAUAAGAAAAAAAGUAUUUGGGAGCAGAAAAAGUGUUCUUGUUAACAGAAAUUUUACACAACAGAAAAUUGAAAUAAAUACAAAAAAAAAGAAAAUAAAUCUUUGGAGAAAAAAGUGCAAAAACCGGUUCCUAAGCAAGUAUCCACACUUGAGUUUCAAACGUAAGAAACUAAAAAACAACAACAACAACAAACAUAUUUAUAGCAAUCAGCAUUCAAUACAACAACAACAACAUCGGUAGUAGCGGCAGCAGCAAAAGCAACAAAAUAUUUUUUGUGUGAGUUUGACUUAUAUGGCCAUUUGUGUGACUUGGCUGGCUUACAUUGGCCCACAAGCCAAACUGGACAAAAAUCUUAAUGUAAUAAAAUAAUAACAAAGCAACAACAACCAAGCAACCAACCAUUAUUAUUUGUAUUUUACUUUGGAUGCUGGCUGACUGGCUGGUCUCGUCUGUUUAGGCCGAAAGUGUGUGAGCCAAGAAGUUUAAGUACCACAAGCUUCAUUACGAAAAAAAUCGACAAAAAAAACAACAAAAACACACUCUAAAUACGAAUAACAAGAUAAAGAAAAAGUUGAUAAAAAAGAAUAUGAAAAAAAAUCUAUAAUAAACUAAACGUUUAUUAACCAAAUAAAGUGUCUAUGUAGAAGGGGAAAAAAUGUUCUAAAAAAAGUUAUAACAAAUCUAACAAAAAGUGUUUUUAUGUUUAAUAAAUUUAAAAGAAGUUUUAUAAAAUUAAACACUUAAAUAAAAGAAAAAUUCCAUUUCAAACAAAAAAAUCUCCACCCAAAAAGGAAAAAUUUAAGAAAAAAAAUAUCUAAUUUACUAGCAAGAGCAAAACAUCAUCAUAAUAAGCUCCUUUUAUUAUACAGCGCCUGAGCUCUAACUCUCUUUUAAGCUCUCGCUCUCUCAAAACAAAAAAUCCUUUAAAAAAAUCAAGUGUUACAAAAAACCCCCCUAAAAAGAAAAAUUGUUAAGGCAAAAAAGAUAUCAAAUCAAAAUAAAAACAAAAAACAAAAAAAACGUAAACAAAAACAAAUAUUUUCCAUUUUUUACCACCCACCCUCUGCUGCUCACACACACACACGUACACAACAGAAAACCAGCAAAAUCAACAAAACAACAAGGAACCUCACUCACUCUCCUUGCUGGCUUGCAAAAGAAAAAGCUCUCUUUUGUGUGUUUGUGUCUCUCAAAUGUGUAGAGUUAAAUUUAUCAUUAUUCCGGUAUUUUAUGCUGCAAAAAAAGUUUUAUCGUCGUCGUCGCUGUCUUCGUCGUUUAGUCGCAUGUAGAAUAUAGAAAAAAAGGUUAGUAGACAUGAAAAUCACAGCAGCAGCAACCAUCGUUACGAAAGAAUUCUAAUUUAUCAAAAUAAUGCAACAUUUAAAGACCUCCAGAGGCAGCAAUUACUAAGAGCAACAUCAUUAUCAUUUAAAAAAUGUUAAUAAUGAUGAUGUUAAUGAUGAACAACAUCAUCAUAAGUAAAUUUCAUCACUAAAUUUUAAAAAAGCGGCAUUUUUUCAUAAAAUACCUAAGCCUGAAUUUCUAAUGGGAAGUUUUGGAAUAAUUGGACAGUUAUAAACACAUUUAAAAUGUUUACUCUACGAAAACAAAUGGCAUGCGUUUCUGCAACAGCUAUUAAAUAAAAACGAACAAAAUCAACCGGUUAUUUUAAUCUAAUUAAUAAAGCAAAUAUUUAGAUAAUGAAAAGCAGCAACAAAAAUUAACUUAAACAUAAAACAAAGUUCAUUAAGUGCGGAAGAAUAGAGAAUCAUUUGUUUAUGAAAACUUUCGUUCACACAUCAUUACGAAACAGAAAUUAAGAACGAUAAACACAUUCUUUUUUUUCUUUUAAAUAAACGAAUUUCUAGAAUAAUAAGUGAAAAAAGAAUUUGGAAAAUUGGUGUUGAGAAACAUUUAAUUUUUUUUUUUAUAAAAAAAAUAAUUGAAAUAAAACGUAAAAAUAUAAAAAACAUUCAAAAUUACGUCGUAUCACCCACCCACACCCAAAGUCAAACAAAACCCGGCCAACAUGGACAACAGUUCAGGGCCGGGAUUUGAUGAUGAACCACCGCCAGAGCCACGAGAUGGCUGGAUACUGGUGCGCGUACAUGUGCCCGAAUUAAAUGUCUACAAGUGUCUGCAAUUUCCCUCCGACAAAUUGGUCUGGGAUGUUAAACAACAAGUAUUAGCCUCAUUACCAAAGGUGGCUUUUUGGUUUAAGGAACUGAAAGAGAGCUUUAACUAUGGCCUCUUUUGUCCACCCUCCAAUGGUAAGGCUGGCAAAUUUCUCGAUGAAGAACGACGUUUGGGCGAUUAUCCUUUUAAUGGUCCUGUAGGCUAUUUGGAGCUCAAAUAUAAACGUCGUGUUUACAAAAUGUUAAACCUAGAUGAACGCCAAUUGAAGGCGUUACAUACACGUGCCAAUUUGCGACGUUUUUUAGAGUGCAUCAAUGGUGGUCAUGUGGAGAAAAUCGCAAAAAUGUGUGCCAAAGGGCUGGACCCAAAUUUUCAUUGUCCCGAAAGUGGCGAAACGCCACUCACUGUGGCCACUGGUGCUAAAAAACCAAAUAAACUGCUAAUCGCUUUGGUGAAUGGUGGUGCUCUCUUGGAUUAUCGUACCAAAGAUGGUACAACAGCUUUGCAUAGGGCUGUGGAAAAGGAUUCAUUAGAAGCUGUAACCACCCUUUUGGAGCUGGGAGCUUCACCAAAUUAUAAAGAUGGCCGCGGCAUAACACCCCUAUACAUUUCCAUAACACGCAAAUGUGAACCAAAAAUAACCGAAAGUCUUUUACACGAUCAUGCCUCUUUGGGCAUACAAGAUAAUCAAGGUUGGAAUGAAGUGCAUCAGGCCUGUCGUCACGGUCUUGUCCAGCAUUUGGAACAUUUAUUGUUUUAUGGUGCGGACAUGGAUGGCCGUAAUGCUUCCGGUAAUACACCAUUGCAUGUAUGCGCUGUUAACAAUCAGGAGGCUUGUGCUAGAAUGCUUCUAUUUCGUGGUGCCCAACGGGGUGCGCUAAAUUAUGCCAAUCAAACUCCUUAUCAGGUGGCUGUUAUUGCUGGUAAUUUGGAAUUGGCUGAAAUUAUACAAAAUUAUAAAACUGAUGAUGUCGUACCCUUUCGCGGACCACCACGUUACAAUCCAAAACGUCGCUCGGGCAUUGGUUGGCUUAGUGCCAAUGGUAGCAUUAGCGGUGGUAGUCUAAUGGGUACAUUGACGCGCAAUAGCAGCAGUAUGUGUGGUCAUCAUGGACCACCAUCACCGUGCCCCUCUGAACACAUGCCAUACAGUUCAGCAAGUUCGAGUUUAUCUGAAGGAUCAUCCGGUCAUCGUUCGCAUGAAGAUGAUAUCAGCAUUGUAACAGAUAAAUCCCUUGGUGAUACCAGCGACAUAAUAAGCGACUCAUCGGGUGUUGGCACCAAUUCCGAUUCCGCUGCCUGCUCAAUAGGUCACCCUAGCACAACGGUGGUUUGCAUGGAACCCUAUGCUGGCAAUUCUGUUGGCCAUAUACGCCUACAAGUGGGCGACGUUAUUGAAGUGGUGGGUUCCACCGACUGUGGCCUGCUGGAGGGCUAUGUUCGUGGCACCAAUCAGUCCGGCUUCUUUCCGGCCGAAUGUGUGCAAGAGGUGAAUUUGCGCCAGAAAAAUAUUACAAAUGUUGCUACAGCGAAUCCAAAUCAAUCGCCCUAUCAACAUUCACCUGCAGCCUCGUCUGUUCACCAGGGUUCACCACAAUUGAGUUUAGGCGGCAGUUCGGGUAUUGGCGGUAUGGGCAGCAUGGGUGGCACUUUGCCACGACCCAAUCUCAUACAUCAUCAGUCACCGUCGUUGUCGGUGAAUAGUAAUGGUUCCACGCAUGGUCUUAACAAUGGUCAUCAUGGUGGUGGCAUGCAUGAGAAUACUAUGUCGUUGAAAAUGAUGGGAGGUGGUCUUGGUGGUAAUCAUCAUCAUCAGAUUGGUCAAUAUAGCAGUGCUACAGCGCCCAGGGUAAAGAAAAGCGCUUUCAAUGAACCUCGUACCGUCGUUUUACAUCGUGCCAAACGUGGUUUUGGCUUUAUAUUGCGUGGCGCCAAAGCUUCUUCACAACUAAUGCAAUUAAAGCCGUCCGAUCGUUUUCCGGCUCUACAAUACCUAGACGAUGUUGAUCCGGGCGGUGUGGCUGAUAUGGCCGGCCUAAAGCCUGGCGAUUUUCUAUUGGCCAUCAACGGGGAAGAUGUGCGAGCCGCUUCACAUGAAAAAGUUGUUGAGAUGAUACGCUCGGCCGGUGCUUUGGUAUCCAUGACGGUUAUAUCACCACAGUUUCCCAAUCAGAUGCAGGCCACACCCCAAUAUAUGCCAACGCAUCAUUUGUCCUCGGGUCCCAGCACACCACAAACCUCGCAUAGGCAGUGUGCCACUUUGCCGCGCAAAAUGUCACUGGGACCUAAUGCCGCUGGCUCUGAGAGACAAGGUCGUCCAGCACCUUUGCCGCCCAGAAGAGAUCCUAAAACUACCUUGUCGGUGGGUAGGGCAAGAGCCAAAUCUAUGGUGGCCGGUCUGGAGAAUGGUGGUGAAAAGGAAGAAGAUGAAAUUCCUCAUACAAAAUCCUCUUCGGUGGAGUCGAUAGUCACACCCACUCCAACUCAUCCGGGUACACCAGUACAGUUGCGUACCGCUAGUAUUAAGGCCAGACCUACAUCAAGUCGCAUUACGGCCGCCGAAUUGGAGGAACUAUUCCAGCGUCAACAGGGUGAAGUGGUAGAUAGCUCUAAUCGUUACUCCACCAUGAUGACUACUUCACGUUUCCAAUCGGGCACGGAUAGUGGAGCAGCCACACCUCCAGCCAAUAACAGUUCACCUCUCAAGGGUCCUAUGGUUUAUGGCAGUGUGGCUGAAAUGAAACGUAAGACAAAGGCUAAGAAUGGCACCCUAAGAGGUAAACCCUGUGCUAUACCCACAGUGGGAGCUGGUGCUCGGGAUUUGAAACGUUUCCACUCCACACCAGAUCUUAAUGCCACGGCAGGAGGUUCGUCUUCCUCCAUUUGGACGCCUGCAGUGGGCAAGGGCCAUCACUCACAAGAUGAUGUGGCCACCUUGCAUGCCUCUAUGUCACGUUUGAAUACAUUGCCGCCGCCAACACAUCCUCCGCCACCACCGCCCGUUGUGGGUCAAGUAGUCAAGGUGGAGACUCGACAAAGUUCAGAGUACGAAAGCACAUUGUCGUUACAGCAAAAACUAAAGAAGCGCGUUGAAAAUGAUGCCGUUACCGCUGGAGCCAUAGAUGGUGUACAGUCGAGCUUUAAACCUUCAGCGAAUGCAAAGAUUUAUGCUUCGCCCCAAGAGCUAAUAGCCUGGAAGCUAAGACAAAACCAAGAGGUAAAAACUAGACAAAAUAUAACUAGUAUACCAGAAAACGCCACGAAUUCAUUUUAUAUUUUACAGAAUCGUCAACAAACCUCUAAUCAACAGCAGCAACAGAAUAGUCAACAACAACAACAUUACAACUCGAAUCAAGCAUUAGGCUUUCAACAAGCUACACAAAUGCAACAACAGCAUCAGCAGCAACAACAACAACUUCCACCGCCGCCACCACCACUACAGCAACAAAUCCAAAAUCAACAAACCCAACAAAUUAGUCAAUAUGCUCAACCCUCAACUUUAACACGUACCAAUUCCAAUACGAACAGCAGCACUACUUCCUCUUCCGCCAGCCAAUACGCAGUUAGUCAAACUGCUCAAAACGGUGGCAUCAAUCAUGCAACUCAAGUCAAUAGCUGUAGUAGUAAUAGCAACAAUAACAACAACAUCAACAACAAUGGCUUGCCAACGACAACAACAACAGCAAAUGUGGCUGCUGGUCCUGCACCACCCAUACCCGAGCCCGACUACAGUCUCAGCGAGUCAGAUGGCGAAGAUGAGAACUCAAUAUUGGUGGCACGUAACACUAAGCUAAACGAGAAGAUUGCUUUAAUUGAUGUUCCGGAAACGAGUGGCAAUAGUCAAGCAAGCGGUAGCAGUUCAGGCUCCGGUUCCGCUUCUAUUUCACAUUCGCUAUCGGUUGAUGAGAUUCAACGUAUACGCAGCAAUUUGAAAACAUCCAAAUCGUCACCUAAUGGUUUUGAGAAAAACGACGACAAGUCACCAACGCACGAACAUGAAACAGCCAAAAACGAUAAUGAUGUUGUGAAUAACAACAACAAUAAUGAAGAAGAAGGAGACAAUAGUUCUUCGGGUGUCAGUAGUGAUCAGGAGGUUAUUGCGGCCAGUGCUGCAACUGGAAUGCCUACAGCACCCAAAUCCACAGAUACUAUUAAGAAGAAACCAAGUGUUACUAUAAACGAAGAACCAAAAACUAUACCCGACCAAGGUAAGGAUGAAACUGAUGCAACUACCACAACAACAACAGCGACAAAACUGCCAAAAACAAGCACAACUGCAACAACAAUGCCACCUAUGCAACAAACAGCAAAACAGGGAAGUGGACAGCAACAAAAUUUAGAAACUACAGCGAAAUCUACACCACCGUCUCAACAUCGCAGUUUACAAAUAACAGCAACCACAACAACUACUGCUGCCAAUAGCAACUGCACCACCACAACCAACACCUCCUCAACAACGAGCAACCACAUGCAAACCACCAAAACAAGUGUUGCCAAUGCCAAAGCAGCAUUUGAAGCCAAAGCCAAUGCACCCACCACAGUUACAUCGGCCAUACCCAACAUUCCUACCACGGUUACGGUCAAACAAAUGGUGCAGCAACAACAUGCGCCCGUCAUACAGCAACAGCAGCAACAAAUGACAGCUGCAAAGGGGCCCAAAACACUGCUGGCCCAAACCCAACAAGUUGUGGCCAAGGCUCAACCUUCUGUGGCUGGACGUUUAGCACAGCCUCAGCAGCCACAACCCCAACCUCAUAUGAAUCCCAACCAAAAACUGAUGGCCACCCAGCAGCAGAUUCUAUUGCAACAGCAGCAGCAACAGCAGCAAAUCGCUCAUCAACAACAUCUGCAACAAAUUCUCAAGGCCAAGGCGGCAGCAGCAGCCGGUGCUGCCACCACAGCCGCCAUAGUAGCCAAACAGCAACAGCAGAUGGCGGCCAACAAGGCCGGUCUUUUGCCCACCCAAGACUCCCAAGAGGAACAGCGAUCCGAUGACGAUGGUGAUCUUAGUCCUUCACCACCAGCCAAAGGAUUCCAACGACACAAUUCGUUGACACGUAAACAAGCUGCCGCUAUUGCCAUGCAAAGAGCAACACGAUCAGCUGCCGUUUCGCUGGUGCAACUACCGCCACCCAUUGAGGCCGACAGUGACACGGAAAUGUCACUGAUCACGAAUUCCAAGUCGUCUGUUGCUAGUGGUGUUGCCGCAACUUCAGUGCAGCAUAGCGAUGAUGGUCUGGUAACAGAGAAUAUUGUGCUAGCACCACCACCACAAUUUUGCGAUUGCAAUGACAUCAAGCAUGCACCUCAGUUGCAGCAACCACAACAGCAACAGCCAACGCCUCAGCAACAGCAAAUGCAUAUGCAGUUGCAACAACAGCAACAGCAGCAACAACAACGUAUGCACCAGCAACAACAGCAGCUAUCGUUGCAACAGCAGCAAUCGCUACAACAGCAGCAGCAGCAACAACAGCAGCAGCAACAUCAUCAGUUGCAACAACAGCAACAACAACAGCAGCAACAACAAUUACAAUACCAACAAUAUCAACAGCAUUUGCAUCAGCAACAACAACAGUUACAAGCUGCCAUGCAACUGCAAAUGCAGCAUCCCCAACACAUGAUGCAACAGCACUAUGUUGCUGGCUCUGGUAAUGUUGCUACUGCUGCUGCUGGUGCCAACACUGCUGGCAAUAUGGGUACAUUGGGACGUGUUCGCAUUGUGGGCACUCUACCCAAAACCAAUCAUCAUCGUUUACAUUAAAUUUUUGUUUAAUUUUUGUGUCUCUAAAUAAUUUCUAAAUCACUUUUGUUACCUUGCAACAUUCGUUAGAGUUUUCCAAGUUCGAUUAGCUUAAAAGGGUUGGCAACAAAUUUUUGGAAUUUAAAAUUGUUUGUUGGAAGUAACAAAGCUUGUAUUUGAAUUAGUUAAUUAUUUUUUUUUUUUACUUUACAUUCCGAAAUUUAAAAAAUUAUU